AUGAGCCGCAAGACGAGCUCGACUUCGAGCACCGAGGAUGCUGCGAGUGUGGGUGCUAGGGAGUGGAAGAAGCUGUUUCAGCAGAUUCAGUCUGGUGCACCGCCGACGAGGUCGUCCCACAGAUCUCUGGCUGCAGGGGAUACGAGCAGAGGUCGUGGUAGAGGGGGCAAGGCAUCUCGAGGUGGACAUCGUCACCCUUCUCAACCGCAACGAUACGACUCAUCCUCUCUUCUCCCACUGAUCCCUACCUCCUCAUCCGAUCCGCUCUCUCGGAUCCGUCAUCAGAUCCUCACCACACCACUACCACAUGACACCGUCCUGUCGCCAACCUCCACCAGCUACCGCAGCAUCGUCUGGAAACUCCUCCUCAACAUCUCGGACCUCGACAUCGCCUCCUACCUCUCCCUAGUCGCAAAGGGCAAAUCCCCUUCGCACGAAAAGAUCCGCAACGACACCUUCCGAACCUUGGCUACCGAUCAAGGCUUCAAGGAGCGGGUCAAGGAGGAGAAGCUCAUCAGACUUUUGGAUGCUUUCGUGUGGAAGUACCAUCGUGGUAACGAUGAUGACGAGCUGCUCGAUUCAUGCCUGGAAAUCCUCGAUCCCCCACUCUACACCCACCUGCGCUCGAAAAACCUCUCCGCCGAGAUCUACGCCUUCCCCUCCGUAAUGACCCUCUGCGCCUGCACACCCCCUCUCCCCGAAGUACUCCAACUCUGGGACUUCCUUCUCGCCUUCGGUGUCCACUACAACGUCCUCUGCAUCGUAGCACAACUCCACAUCAUACGUCAAGAUCUACUCGACAGUCAAAGCCCCAUGAAACUCCUCCGCAACCUCCCACCCCUCGACGCGAGGAAAAUCAUAAACGUAACCGUAACCCUCGCAAGAGACAUACCCCAAGAUCUGUUCGUUCAACUCGUCAAACAUCCCUAUCACCCAGACAGCGUUGUUGGCUUCACUUAG